GUCUCCAUUGCGCCGAUUCUCGCCACUGCAUCUGUCCCGACUGCUCUCACACCUUCGACAUCGUUCCAAGACAUCCACGACUUCUGACACUCCCACCGUGUUUCCCCUGCAUAGCGCUGCCCCUCCAGCCCACUUUGCUGGCGGUGUGCGGAAAGAUUUCGAAGCUUGAAUGUCUGGAGAUCAACAACCGCCCAUCUUCAAACACCUCAAUCCCAGAGACCGUUCCCACCUCACCACCGUCCUCAAACACAGACAAGAGGAAGCCGCCACCAUGUCUGCCAACGAGCAAACCUUCAUCGCUAUCAAGCCAGAUGGUGUCCAGCGUGGACUCAUCGGAGACAUCAUCUCCCGCUUUGAGAAGCGUGGCUUCAAGCUCGCUGCCAUCAAGCUCGUCUCCCCAUCCCAGGAGCACCUCGAGAAGCACUACGAGGACUUGAGCUCCAAGCCUUUCUUCAAGGGCUUGGUCACCUACAUGGGAUCUGGCCCAAUCUGCGCCAUGAUCUGGGAGGGACGUGAUGUCGUCAAGACCGGCCGUGUCCUCCUCGGUGCCACCAACCCAGCUGCUUCCAGCCCAGGCACCAUCCGUGGUGACUACGCUAUUGACGUCGGCCGAAACGUCUGCCACGGCUCCGAUGCCGUCGAGUCCGCCCAGAAGGAAAUUGCUCUUUGGUUCAAGCCAGAGGAGAUCCAGAGCUGGAAGCAGGCCCAGCACGACUGGAUCUACGAGAAAUAGAUGACGAGCGCUAGGAAUGAGAUCAUGAAUAUCAUGUGGCAAAGAUGAAAAAAGCUUCGGAGACUUAGAGGUUGAUUCACACACACCGCUGAGGACAUCACGUCCAGAGGCAAAGUUAGCUUUCAAAGCCGAGUCCAUCCACGAGAUGGCAGGCGAAUGAAGAGCUGCAGAACAUCCCCUUUUCUUUCGAGACAGCGCUUCACUAACAAUGAUGGCCCCUGGCAAGGCAGCUUUGCACGAGAAAACCAACUGCUGGAUUCCCAACUGGUACCACAAAACCAACUGGCGGCUCAGUACAACGCCUUGGUUUUGACCGACAGCACAUAUUUUUGUUCCGAUGUCUCAGGCAGCUUUAGUCUUAUCCCUUUGCGUCAAACAUGCCCAACGACGACACGAUGAUCAAAAGCAGGACAAGGCGUUGCACGACCCAAUGCUGGAAGAUUCCAGUUUGAACCGCAUCUAUGGCACAAACAUCCCACGCUGAACGCACGUGAUACUCAAAGAAAAAAGGCCUGUGUUAUCAUUCGACGGAGUGCCUUGUCCCAUUCCGACGAUAUAGCACCACGCGACAUCAU